ACCCAGCAAAACCUGCGUGACCGAAACUCCCACACAUUUACACAAUUUUUACUUAUUACUAACACACCCUCACAAAUCAUUUAAUUGCGUAAAGAGUCUAUCCGCUGUGCCUUUUGAUUGUUUUAUAUUACAAGCUCUUCACACAACAUCUUUUCUAUAAAAACAAAACAAAAGAAGACAAACUGAUUUUGGACUUGCCACUGUUUAUGGAAAACGAUGCAUGUAAAAGUAUACAACAUGAUAACAUGAUUGUUUACAUUCGUUUAUUCGUUGCGAAAAUUCGAAUUCAAAGAAAAAGAAAUUCGGCACGCGUGUUAAAUUGUGAAAAAUUUGUAUUCAAAUUAAAUUGGGUUAUAUUUUAUGAAAAAAGUGAUUAAAAACGUGAUUAUAAAAGUGGUACAUAUAUAAUUUGAAAAGAUGGAAAAUAUAUUUGACGAAAUUGACUUAGAGGAUUGUCCAACAACGUCUUCAACUCCCGCAAAAGACCAAUUACAUUUAAAGCGUAAAAAGUUUAACACGUCUGGUUGCUACAAUACAGAGGUCAGCAUUUCAAAACGACCUGUGGAAGGAAACGAGGUUAUUGACAUUUUAACCACUAUUUCCAAACAGCUUGACGAUUUGACGACGAGGGUAUGCGAUUUGGAAACUAAAAUCGAUAAGCAUUUAAAAGAAAAUAUUAUUCAUAAAAGUGAAGAAAUGGCGCAGCAAAAAACGGUUCGUGAAUGCAAGGUCCCCAUCCGCAAAAUUCAUCAAUCGGUAUGCCGAAUGACUGGUGAAGAUGUCGACAACGUUCAAACAGAAAUUGCUUCCACCCUACCAUUAAAUACGCUUGCUGCAGCUUUGGAAAUGGACGAAAAAUUGAAAUGCGACGAAUUUGCUGCUACAACGAAACAAUUCGUUUUGAGGAUAAAAGGUACUUCAGAUAGUGUACAUGAUGUGUUGCGAAGUCUGUACACUGAUGAACUACUUUAUUUAUGUAACUGGGACGGUAGGGGUGGGAAGCAACCUCUCUCCAAAUUCCUGCUCCUACAAUUAUUUGUUUUAAUUUCACUUGAUAUGAAGUAA